UGCUUGCGUGUUCGUUUUUAUGCAUUAAAUUAGGCAACCUUCGUCUGGUCUGGAAUAUGUUAUUUCUGUCUUCUCCAGUUUGGCAGACGCUGUCAUCGUCGCAAUUUGUAUAAGCUUCUUAAAGGGUUAAGGCCAGAAAGCAAGUUGCACAAGCAGACGGCCGCAUAUUAAUUUUGGCCAGUAACAUGUUGCACAACGAUGGGGAAUUAUAUAAAUUGCUGGCUGCAAUUUUGUACUGGUAUUGUCGAAUUUAUGAGAAAUAAGGACCGCAAUAUUAAUCACAUGUCCAGUGCCAACUUUAACGCUUUCUCUCUCUGUCGGUUCAAUCGCAUAUAUAAAAUCUGUACUGUAUUCCAUUGUAUAAGAAUCUAGAACUUAGCAUAAAUUUCCAGCUGGAGAAGUGGACAAAGUUUUGCGGUCCGUUUUGCACUUCUGGUCGGGACAUUAAUUAUGAUAAUAUUUCUUGGACUUUAAUAAGCAUUUGGCAUUCUGGGGGCCCCUCAAAUAUGCUAACAGUUUGCUCUGUCUUGCCAACGCCACUUGACUUCAUUGUCGGGUAAUUACAAUAAGACGCUCAUAAGCUCAUCGAAAAGUGGAGUGCCAAAUGCAAGAUGCAAAUGGCAGAGGACCAGGGAACCCCAUUGUUUCGUUCGCAUUAAUUAACUGACAGAUGGGAAUGUCUGCUGGGGAAGUUGUCUUACUUUGUUGUCCUCUGUGGCAGGGCUCAAAUAAAUCUCUGCCGUUUAAAUACCCGAACGUCUAUAAUUGAGAAAACAAAUGUGGAAUGUUUGCAUUGUAAAGGGAAACUUAAAUUGGGGCAUAAAUAAUGCAAAUGUUGUGCUGAUGACUUGAAAGUGAAAAUUUAGCAGCUUCUACCGAAAUAAUUAAAUUCGAAAUAUAUGCAAGUAGUUUAUUGAUUGAUAAGAAAUCUCAAUUUGCAAUGGAAUGUAAUUUCCUAAGCACAGCUAUUAAUAAAUCAUGCAUAUUAGAAUUAAUAACAUAUAACUAUGCUUUUAUCUAAUUCCUGAGUAAAUUUGCAUAUGAAAUACUUGACUUUAUGUUACUCAAUAACUAGGAGUCCCCGAGUUGUUUUUCACUUCUAUUCCUACGUAAAUAAAGUUCCACAAAUGUGGCUGUCUUUCCUUUUGCUGUUGCAAGUUCCAAUAUUUUUGACAGAAAACUUUACCACAAGUGAUCUUUAUCCGGAACACACCUACAGUCAUCUAAGUUCAUAUCUAGUUUCUUUGCGGACCCGCAAAUAUAUACACACUACUGGAGAUAAUCACUUCUGUACUGGGGUGAUUUUAACUAAUCGCCAUGUGCUUACCUCGGCGCAUUGCAUUACAGAUAAGAAGGGUAUGAUGAUGAACCCAAAACGAAUUGUGGUCGCCCUUUGCGCGGCUGUCUUCAAAAGUCCAGAGUCCGAGGAAUUUCUUGUUGAAAUUCAGAAUAUGGUUAUCUAUCCGUAUUAUCAUAGAAACAAGCGAGAUGAUAUAGCUGUAAUAAAGCUGAAAAGAACCAUCAAAUUUGAUGGCUAUCACUUGGCCCAAGCUGUUAUAGGGAAUUCAUCACUGGAAGUGGGCAAUGAUUGCAAGACCGUUGGUGAAAACUUUGGCAUACGAAGACAAAGAUUUGGAUCAUUUAAUAGCAUGUUAUUCGUCAAUGUCGAGCUGCGACCAUUUGCGGAGUGUCUGGAUAUCAAGAAAGGUCAAAAGAAGUCUCAGGUCGACAACGCAGAUCUAAUUUGUGUGAAGUCCUUGGAACAUCUUGUUUGUACCACCGACUUCGGGGGUCCACUCUUUUGCGAUGGUCAGCUCUACGGGAUCGCCCUGGGCGCCGUUAAUUGCUCCAGUCCGGAUCCGGUUUUCUUCAGUGACGUGUCUUUCUACACGAGCUGGAUGAAGAAAAUAAUAUCUCAGGGAGUAAAGCGGCAACCGCAUCAUAAAUGGAUAUUUUCCUUGGCUUUUCUCGUGUGCCUUUUUGGGCAACUUUCCCCGAAAGGCAGCAAGUGGAUAUCAGGUCUCUCAGAAAAGGAAAAAAUUACUAGCCUCGCAGCCUGCGAUUAAUGGAAAAUUGAGGAAAGCCCUUGGAAACUUUCGCCUGCAAUGCGCCUGUGUGCCACGUGUGGCAAAUGUCACGUUCACUUUUCCCCCAGAAAAACCGCAUCGACUUUCCAUUCAACUUAAACAACAAUAAUUUCGGCUGUUGCCCAACACUUUUCCACUUCUGCAUUAAUCAAAGCGAAAAAGAAACUGCCGAAAAAAGCUUAAUAAAUUUGUACAUAAAACAUGAUUGAUAAAGGCCAUAAAUAAUCUCAAUAAUAAAUAGAAAAUUGGUCAAGAAAAAAGUAAAAGGCCGCGACACGGCAAUUCGAUGUAACAGCCAAUCAUUAUUAAUAGCCACGAAACGCCGGAUAAAAACCAACCCGUAAAGGUAAAAAGAAAUUGCACACACACGCGAUAAUGUUGGCCGAAAAAGAAAAGCCAGAAGUUAACAAUAACAAGUUUGGCGCUGAACUCUUGUUGCUUAACUCCCAUUGACUUUGAGUUCAAGACUCGCUGUCAGUCGUCGGAUGGAAAGCCAGCCAUAAAUCAGUAAUAAUUAUCUUUUUUGUUGCUCUGCACUUGCUCGAAUGCAGGUAGCUGGUAUCACAAAAGCUGAUAAAUCGAUGCUGAUAAAUUGAAAAUUACCAGCCAAGCGAUAUAUAAUGGCCUGGAUGAUAAGCUCGCAGAUUGCAUACACAAAUGUACAUGUAGCCGAGCGUACAGCAUUUGAAUUUCCUUUUAUAGUGCUGAAAUUGCAUACCAAUUUGUGGUAGACAGCAGCCCAGACAUUUGUGCUGGAUUUGCCUUUUUCUUUCUCUUUUAAAAUCAACAAGAUGUUGAUUGGGGUAAUGGGAUUAAAUCGAA